GGGGCGGGGCUUUGUUGGAGGCAAAACCAUGAAAGGGGGUUCACCGUGGCUUGCAUGAAAAAAAAAUAACAAGAUCGCAAUAUUGACUUGAUUGCAUUUAACUGCGAAAAGGACAAAAGCCUCAAAGAAAGUUUGAUCUUCAUGCCGAGGUACCAUGGAUACAGGGGAAGACCAAAACACAGGCACCAACAAUGCAACUCCUCAAACAAGUGGGAACUCUCGUGCGCCCCAAAUAGCCCACAUGUCUCUGUAUGAAAGACAGGCUGUGCAGGCGCUCCAAGCACUGCAAAGACAGCCGAAUGCAGCUCAGUACUUCCAGCAGCUCAUGCUGCAGCAGCAGAUCAGUAGUGCCCAACUCCACAAUCUGGCUGCCGUGCAACAGGCAACCCUUGCAGCUAGUCGACAAUCCAAUACCCCUAGUAACAGCAUAUCCCAAGCGACCACCACUGUCAACCUAAGCACAACAUCUGCGGGAGGAACUAUGACCAACCCCCGUCCUCACGGCCCGGCCACCUCUGCAGCUACAACAGCAGCUCUUAACCAGUCGGUGCUGCUGGGUGGAAACUCUGCAGGACAAGGACAGAUGUAUCUAAGGGUAAACCGCUCUCUCAGGGCUCCUCUUGCCUCUCAGCUCAUCUUUAUGCCGGGUGGCACAACAACAGCAACUGUAACAACAGUUGCCCAGGCACAGCCGCAGCAGCAGCAACAGCAACAACAACAACAACAACAACAUGAAGCUUCUGCCAGUAACCAGUCUGACAAUGAUCAGGUGCAGAAUCUGGCCUUACACUGCACCUCCACUCCCAGGGCUGUUGCUGUCAAGUCUGAGCAUCCAGAGAGGAAAGAUUUUCCUCUUGGUCAACAGCAACAGACUUUUACUCAGACAGGUCAGCAGCAGCAAAUGCAACAACAAAUGUCCAAAGGCAACUUUACUCAGCAAUCCAACACUAUGACUGUAAAGACUGGAAACCAGGUUGCCAUGACUGUCACUCCUGCUGCAUCUGUAGCUCCAUCCUCAAGUCAUGUCAACUCCUCUCAAGCACUCCCUCUAUCCCAACUCCUCCUCUCCACCUCUGCUGCCCCAGUGAUCCUUGUGCCCACCUCAAACGUCACUACCUCCACCCAGGGCUACCCCAUCGGCUCUUUGACUUCUAAGGCAAACGUAAACACACAGACUUUGGUGGUACAGCCGCUACAGCAAGCCAGCACUACCGCAGACAAAGGCCCUGUGCCAAUCCAGCCCAAGACAGCCCAGGGACACCGCUUACCUGUGCAGCUGCCCCCUCGACACCCACCUCCCAUUCUCCCUGCACCACCAAGCAACAGCCAGGCUACGGCUGGGGGACACAACACUCCCCACAUCCCAGUGCAGCUUGUGGGAGCGAGGCAGGGCUUGGCAGGAAACGCACAGGUUGUGGCUCUGGCACAAGCACGAUGCAGCAUAGCUCAGGAGGGUGUAGCUGGUGGGAACGUAAACAUGGUUUCCAACAACAGUGCAAUGAUAAAGCCUGUCAUCGGCUCUCUGAAAAGAAAAUCUGACUGUGAUGCUUCAAAUGAGAUGGCAACAGAUUCCUCUGCACCAAUGAAAGACUCAGCUCCUCCCUUAUCCCCCGCGCCGACAAAGGACUCGGCUCCUCCUGUGACAGCUGCCUUCACAUCUCCUCCCACCCUGUCCCUGCCUCUGCCCUUGUUAAGAGGUGUCCAUGGGGACAAAGACAGAGCACCAGUGCCCCAGGCAGUGGUCAAACCCCAAGUCCUCACCCACCUCAUAGAGGGCUUCGUCAUCCAGGAGGGAGCUGAGCCCUUCCCUGUUGCUGGGCUCCUCAAAGACAGAGACUAUGCCCUGGUUGGCCGAUCAGAGAACGGUACUCCUUUGUUGAAGUGUGAAUACUGUGCAAGCCUCGCCCCUGCCAGCCAGUUCAGAGGAUCAAAGAGGUUCUGUUCAAACACAUGUGCUAAGAGGUAUAAUGUCAGCUGCAGCCAACACUUCAAAACGAGCAGAGGGAGAAGUGGUGCAGGCGUGGCACCUCCUCCGGCCCCCACUGAGAUCGCUGCCAGGCGAAGGGGUCCCUCCCGCAGGAGCAGCUCUAAUAUCCCCUGUAAUAAGUUAUCGAGCAGGCAUCUACCUGUCAAGUGUCACUCUGAGUCCAGCCGCUCGGAUGAUGUAUCCAGCGACGGAGAAGAAGAAGAAGAGGACGAGUCUCCUUCUCUGUCCCCGAGCUCUUCUCACUCCUGCUCGAGAGCCGGGCACAGCGCUCCUCCCUCUGACAGCUCUGCUCCACUAGAGGGCGCUAACUUUCUCUCGGCAACUCCUGCUCAGUGGAGCGUGGAAGAAGUGUGCAGGUUUAUCUCCUCACUUCAAGGCUGUGAAGAAUUGGCUGCUCAGUUCCUGUCGCAGGAAAUAGACGGGCAAGCUCUUAUGCUCCUGCGAGAGGAUCAUCUCAUAUCUACCAUGAAUAUCAAGCUGGGUCCCGCGCUUAAGAUCUGUGCCUCCAUCAACACGCUGCGUGAGUGAUGCAGUCCGGCCGAGGAGCAGAAUAAAAAAAAAUACUACAAUCUUUGAUGACAUGAGUUUUAACAGUUCACUUUUAUAGACAUUGAAUGUGCAAAAACUUGUAUGUAUACUUUUACGUUUGUAUUCAUGUCAGUAGUGUUUCUUAGUUUAUUCUGUUACUGUGAGUAGAGAGCGACGUCUUUAUGUAUACUCCUGUGAAACUGUGCAAACCUGCCGGUGUGCAGGACUAGGUGCUAGGUCUCCUGUCUAGGACAGUUCACCUCUUGGGGGAGGGGAGAAAGAAACGUUGCCUUCUUGCUGGAUUUCAAACCGGUGCUUUAACUUUGGUAAUAUGUUUCAGUCUUUUAGUAGUUACCUGUUAUUUUAAGAUAGAUGUUCAACCCAGGCUCCAACCACAUCAAGUAAAGGACACUCGUAGAGCCUGAGGUUCAUUUUACCUGCCUUUAAAAGUUUAGUUUUGUAUCUUUUCCAUUUUGUACUACAAUCAAAGCUAUUUUUUCAUGGAUAAAAAUAUAGUUUUAGUAGCUUUAACCAACUUAACUACCUGAAAAUAGGUAUUUCUAAUGGUUUGCUCUCUUCAGGGCUGAGUGGAAGUACUCUGUGUACACAAUUACACAUGUUCUACCCAUAAAAAAUACCUGUUAAAGGAUCUUUGAAUCUG